UUCAUUCAUUCUUCCUCCCUAUAAGAUUUAAUCCCCAUUUUUAGUUUCUUUAGUUUAAAAUCCGAAGUAAUUAAUGGUGUUGAGUUAAAUGCAGUAGUUGAGGUUUAUGUUUUAACUGUAUUUUCUUCUAUUAAUAUUCAUAAGCAUGUUUUUUUUCCCCUCCCCGAACUUUUAAUGUGAAAUAUCUGUCAUAAGGCGACCGGAAGUAGCUUUCAUUGUAUUUGUACACAUGAAUGUGUGAUCAGACUGUCGUCCCUCUCUGUGUUAUUCCAGGGUGUGAUUAGUGAUCAGUGAUCAGUGAGAAUGCCGGGAGCGGAUAAGGAGACGGAUCUGUCGGAGCGGAUUGAGGCGUUUCUGGCCGAGUUGAAGCGCAGCGGCAGCGGCUGCGGAUCAAUGCGCGGCUCGGCGGAGACAGCGAGAGACACCGCGGCUUUACUCCGGAGGAUCACCGCUCAGGCCCGCUGGAGCAGCGCCGGUGACCUGAUGGAGAUCAUACGUAAGGAGGGCAGGAGAAUGACUGCAGCUCAGCCCUCAGAGACCACCGUCGGAAACAUGAUCCGCCGAGUGCUCAAGAUCAUCCGAGAGGAAUACGCCAGGUCUCGUGGCAGCAGUGAAGAAGCUGAUCAGCAGGAGUCCCUGCACAAGCUGCUGACGUCCGGCGGCUCGAGUGAAGACAACUUCAGAACUCACUUCAGCGCCCUUAAAGCAAACGUCAUAGAGGCCAUCAAUGAGCUGCUGACUGAGCUCGAGGGCACUACAGAUAACAUAGCCAUGCAGGCUCUGGAGCACAUUCACUCUAACGAGGUGAUCAUGACGAUCGGACGCUCGCGCACCGUCGAGGCUUUUCUGAAGGACGCGGCUCGCAAACGCAAGUUCCACGUCAUCGUCGCCGAGUGUGCACCUUUCUGUCAGGGUCAUGAGAUGGCCACCAGUCUGUCGAGAGAUGGCAUCGAGACCACCGUCAUUCCAGACGCCGCCAUUUUCGCAGUCAUGUCUCGAGUCAACAAGGUGAUCAUCGGCACACAGACGGUUCUGGCUAACGGAGGACUGCGAGCGGUAAACGGCACACACACCCUGGCGCUGGCCGCUAAACACCACUCCACUCCUCUCAUCGUGUGUGCGGCCAUGUUCAAACUCUCACCUCAGUUUCCGAACGAGGAGGACACGUUCCACAAGUUCGUCUCUCCACACGAGGUUCUGCCCUUCACUGAAGGUGAGAUCCUGUCGAAGGUGAACGCUCACUGUCCCGUGUUUGAUUACGUUCCCCCGGAGCUCAUCACACUCUUCAUCUCCAACAUCGGGGGAAACGCGCCGUCCUACAUCUACCGCCUGAUGAGCGAGCUGUACCACCCCGAGGACCACGAGCUCUGAAUAAACUACAUACUCAAACUA